AUGGAGCAAAUACCACGUUUAUCGGAGGAUGUUCUCUAUAUUAUUUCUGAAAAAUUACUUUUUAAAAAAUUUUGUGGUCUAGUUGAUUUGCGCACUACAAAUAGCUGUACUCUUUUUAUGUAUCACAGUGCAAGAAAUAUGAGAGCUUUGCUGUCUCAUUUUUCAAAAAUGAAGGAACUUGAGCUUUCAACUUAUUGCAAUGAGUGUAUUAUUUGUUUCUACAAUGAUAAACUUCCAAUUUUUACCGGUCCAUACAUUGUUAGCAAAAAUCUGUUUUCUGGUCUUAUUGAUGCUGGUUUAUUGCGCAUUUCAUCUGUUCAAAUAAAUAAAAUUCUUGGGAAAUUAUCCAAAAUUGAUUUUUCUACAACAAAUAAAAAUAUUUACAAAUAUUUGGUUAAUCAUGAAGGUUUGAUUAUGAAUAUGUUUAUUAGGGUUUCACCGGAUGUUUCGGUUCCGGAAAGUUCCGGUGUUUUUUUAGUUCCGGGAACCGGAAUUCAAAUUGGAUCCGGCACCGGUUUACAAAUUUUUUGCUUAUGGCCAUCUGAAAUUUUCAAAAUUUUCGCCUGCGGCGCUGAAAAAAAAAGAAUAAAUUUGGCUUCUCUUCCAAAAUACAAAUUAUUAUAAAAAUUUAUCGCAUACAACGCUUUAAAUUUAAAACUAGAUGGGCUCCAAAAAAUCAUAAGAUUUUAAGAUUUUUAUGUAGAUAUUAGGGAUUUGAUAUCUUCUGUAAAUAUCAGGGAUUUGAUGUCUAUGGAUCCUUCUUUAUUUCCACAAAACUUUUUAUCGCCUAAUAUCAAACAAUUAUACCCGACAAAUCCGUUAUACUCCACUCUCUAAUCCACAUAUAGCACUUAACAGCCGACAAAUUUUCAGUUCGGUUUCGGUUAACCGAAAGUUUCG